GGUUGCCAGUUCGCACCAAGCGUUGACGUACUCCGGCUCCGGCGAGAUCCAGUUUCCUUUAAGCCGCUCUCGCGCGUUUGUCUGUUCUCGUCGCGUCGUGUGUCCUACCGAUUAUUAUUUUCUCCUCCUCCCCCCUUCCCCGUCCGCGUGCACGAGAUCGUCGGCACGGUGUUGGAGGUAUAUCGCGAGCGGGUUAUACACAACACGCUCGUGUCGUCGUUGUCGUUGUCGUCGUCGCUGUCGCCGUCAUCGCCGUCGCCGUCGCCGUCGUCGUCGUCCCUGUUCGCUGCUCGCUCUCCGUUCCGCUGUCUCGCCGUCGUGCAGCGCUCCGAGUGCUCCAUUUCAAACGCAUCGCCCGGUGUACAACGGAGGAUGGCAUUCAACGGAGACGGCCCGCAUUCCAAGAGGCAGCGGCUCGAGGAAUCUGGACACAGGAAUCACGAAUAUGGCGGGUACGGAGACGAGCCACGUCGGAAAAGAGAAGACAAUAAUAAACCGAACCACGUCCUCCUCUUCACAAUUAUCAAUCCAGUUUACCCCAUCACUGUGGAAGUGUUGCACACGAUCAGCGCGCCCAGCGGGCAGGUUCAGCGCAUCGUAAUCUUUAAGAAAAACGGCGUGCAGGCUAUGGUUGAGUUUGACACGGUGGAAUCGGCAACCAGAGCAAAGGAAACGCUACAUGGGGCAGACAUAUACUCCGGCUGCUGCACACUAAAAAUUGACUUCGCAAAGCCGACAAAGCUCAAUGUCUACAAGAACGAUGCCGAGAGCUGGGACUACACAACGCCGACGCUGGGCUCGAGCACACACAAAAACGACGCGACAGGAAAUGGAAGGCCGGCUCCCCUUUUGGCUGAGCCAAGAUACGGCGCCGCGCCCCAGCCGUACGGCUCCACGCCGCAGGUCACCUUCCCACCGGGCGCCGGUCACGAUCGUUACGAGGAGAACUUCAACGGGCCGGCGACGUAUGCGGAGCCGUACGUCGAGCGUUACGGCAUCAAGAGCGACUUCAGCGGCCGCGAGCCGUUACAUCCCACGCCACCUCGGCCGGGUUACGUGCCUACCCUGGGCCAAACGCCGCCCUCCAGCACGCAGGGCUCGGUCAUGAUGGUGUAUGGACUGCAACCGGACAAAGUCAAUACUGACAAGCUCUUCAACCUGUUCUGCUUGUACGGCAACGUGACGAAGGUAAAAUUCUUGAAAACGAAGGAAGGCUGCGCGAUGAUACAGAUGGGAGACAGCAUAGCCGUGGAGCGGUGUUUGCAGAACCUGAACAACGUCACGAUUGGGACGGACGGCAGGUUGCAGCUCGGCUUCUCGAAGCAAGCCUUCCUUUCGGACGUAACCAACCCUUACAUUCUACCCGACAAGACAGCGAGCUUCAAGGACUUCACGGGAAGCAAGAAUAACAGAUUCCUGAACCCCGCGAUGGCCAAUAAGAACAGGAUACAACCACCAUCGAAGAUAGUCCACUUCUUCAACACCCCGCCGGAUCUAACUGAGGAGACAGUGAAUCGCGUGUUCGUGGAGCGCGGUAUCGAGGCACCGACGACGAUCAAGCUGUUCCCCCUCAAAUCGGAACGAUCGUCCUCCGGUCUGAUCGAGUUCAGCAGCGUCGGUAUCGCGGUGGCCGCUAUCAUGGAGUGCAAUCACACGGCGCUCGAGAACAGCAACGGCAAGUUCCCUUACAUCAUGAAGCUCUGUUUCUCGUCGUCGCGCACCAUACCCACGAGCUUCCCGCCCAGCAGCGGCAGCGCGUCGAGCAAUUCCGCUGGUAAUGGCCACGUCAAAAUGCAGCAGGACUCGGAAUAG